AUGAGGCAUCUUGGCAGUGGCGGAGAGGACCGGGCCGGAGGCCCGGAGGAGGUAGAGGAGCCACGCCUUCUUCCAGAAGCGGAGUUUGGACGAGGACCCCCGGCUCCCUGAUCCUCGGUGCCUCUCCCCGCCCACCCGCGGCCGGCCCCGACCCCAGCAGAGAGCUUCCCGAGAAAGAGCUUCCGGGUGCCCGAGCAUCCCUUCUCCCUUCCCUCCCGCCCAUCGGACCCCGGAGUCCUCGGAGGCCACGGAAGCGCCGACGAAGCCGGCGCGGCCGGAGACCCUCAGGAGUGGCGGAGGCGGCCCGCGCUUAGGCCAAUGAGCCCCGGGCGAGCGGCUCCCCUGGGCCCGGGCUAGCGGGGCAGCCGGGCCGCAGGCCGGAUCCGCCGGAACGGCUGCCCGGGCAGGGGCGGGAGGACCCGCCAUGCAGUCGGACGACCUCUUUGCCCGCAAGCUGCGCCAGCCGCCCCGGCCGGCCCUGGCGCCGAACACCUUCGAGCCGUGGGGGUCACCGGCGGGCGGCCGGGGGCCGGGGGCCGGGGCGCUCCUCCGGACCGGCAGCGACGCCGGAGAGGCCGCCCGGCCCCCGCCCCCCGGCAGCCCCCGGCUCCGGUCCCACAGCCACGAGGAGGGGGGCCGUGGCACCCCCGCCCGCCUCGUCGGGGACCCCCUGGUCCUGCUGGGCCUCCAGGCCGAGGAGGAGGCCAGGUUCCCCGCCGUGCCCGACCCCCGCUGGUUCGCCCACCACGACGUCCAGAGCAUGCUCUUCGUCUGAGGGCCGGGCCGGAGGACGGGGCCCCCCGAGGGCGGGCCGGCCCCGGCCGAGACCCCCGCCUCGGACCUGCUGCUGGGGGCCCCCGGCUUCGUGAGCGAGGUCGGCGGCGAGGGGGAGCUGGGGCUGGGGGGGCUCGGCCCCCCGGCGCUGCCCCCGGCCCUGCCCAACGCUGCCAUCUCGGUGCUGGAGGAGCCCCAGACCCGGCCCGAGGGCUGCAGCCUGGAGCACUUGGACGUCGGGGCCGGCUACUACCGCAAAUAUUUCUACGGGAAAGACCACCAGAACUUCUUCGGGCUGGACGAGGAGCUGGGGCCGGUGGCGGUCAGCCUGCGACGGGAGGAGAAGGAGGGGAGCGGCGGGGCCGGACCCCAGCACAGCUACCGGGUCAUCAUCAGGACCCCCCAGCUGCGGACCCUACGAGGUUCCAUCUCCGAAGAGUCCCUGCCGCCCGGACCCCCCCGGGGCCUGUCCCCGAAGAAGCUCCUGGAGCACGUGGCUCCCCGGCUCAGCCUCUCCUGCCUGCGCCUCGGGUCCGCCUCCCCCAAAGUGCCCCGCACCCUCCUGACCCUGGAUGAACAAGGGCUGAGUUUCCAGCGCAAAGUGGGGAUCCUGUACUGCCGGGCGGGCCAGGGCUCGGAGGAGGAGAUGUACAACAACGAGGAGGCCGGCCCAGCCCUCCAACAGUUCCUGCAACUCCUCGGCGAGGUCGUGCUGCUCAAAGGCUUCACCAAGUACCGGGCCCAGCUCGACACCAAGACGGACUCCACGGGGACCCACUCCCUCUACACCACCUACCAGGACCACGAGAUCAUGUUCCACGUCUCCACUAUGCUGCCCUACACCCCCAACAACCAGCAGCAGCUCCUGAGGAAACGUCACAUCGGCAACGACAUCGUGACCAUCGUGUUCCAGGAGCCGGGUGCCAAGCCCUUCUGCCCGAGUACCAUCCGCUCCCACUUCCAGCACGUCUUCCUGGUGGUGCGGGCACACGCUCCUUGCACUGCCCAUACUACCUACAGGGUGGCCGUGAGUCGCACCCAGGACACCCCGGCCUUCGGGCCGGCCCUGCCGCCCGGCGGGGGCCCCUUCCCGGCUUCGCCGGCCUUCCGGGCCUUCCUGCUAGCCAAGGCCCUGAACGGGGAGCAGGCGACCAGCCAAGCCCGCAAGUUCCACGCCAUGGCCGCCCGCACGCGGCACCAGUACCUCCUGGAGCUGGCCACCAACGAGGUGACCACCAUGUCACUGGACUCGGCCUCACGCUUCGGACUGCUCUCCCUGGGGAGCCGGAAGCGGGAGCGGGCCCGGGGCCCCGGCGCCGAGCUGCAGGCCACGGGGGCCCUGGUGUGGGGGGUGCGGGCAUCCCCGGGGGGCGGCGGAGAGGAGGGGGCGGCCGAGGUGCCCUGCCUCCUGGGCCUGUCCGCGGAGACCCUGGUCCUCGUGUCGCCCCGCGACGGGCGCGUCGUCUUCAACUGCUCCUGCCGAGACGUCCUGGCCUGGACUUUCUCCGACCACCGCCUGGACCUCUUCCACGGACCCGGCGAGUGUCUCACCCUGCGGCUGGACGGGCCGCCCGGCGCCGCCGUCGGGGAGAUCGUGGCCCGGCUUCAGCUAGUGAGCCGGGGCUGUGAGACGCGAGAAAUGGGGGUGACCCGCGAGUGCCAAGGCCGGCUGGGCUUCGAGGCGGACGCCGAGGGCUUCGUCAUCCGCGUGGAGCGCUUCUCCUUCGCCGAGACGGUGGGGCUGCGGCCCGGGGCCCGCCUGCUGCGGGUCUGCGGCCGGACCCUGCCCCAGCUGGGACCCCAGGCCGCCGCCCACCUGCUCCGCUCCGCUCCCAAGGUCUCCGUCACCGUCCUGCCCCCCGACGAGGGGGGCCGACCCCGCAGGAGUUUCUCCGAGCUGUACGUGCGGUCCUUGCAGGAGCCCAGCCGUCGGGGCGGCUCAGGGACCGGUUCCGACGACCCCCCGGGGGCCACGCUGCAGCUGCUGCGCUCCCUCCACCUGCACGACGCCGGGGCCCAGGCGUCCCCGGCCCCCGGCCCGCCGCCAGGCCUGGCCGAGGAAAGGACCGAGUUCCUGCACAGCCAAAGCAGGCCCACCCCAAGCGGCUCCCCAGCGGAAGAAGUCCCGGUUCUCCCGGACGUCACCCCGGACCUGCUCCUGGCCACCACCCCCAAGCUGCCCCCUCUGAGCCAGGAAGGGGAGAAGCCUCCAGAUCAGGAUGUUCCCAGGAUGCCCGGGAACUGGGAUGACAAGGCUGGGGGUUCCCAGCCCCCCUCCGAGCUGAGCGAGACCCUCCUCCCUCGGACCCUCUCCUUGCGCAACUCCGUCAGUAAGCUCAUGUCGGAGGCGCGAGUGGAGCCGAUGGAAGAGGAGUGGAAGUCCAUCUCCGAAAUCGCCUCCACCUGCAACAGUAUCCUAGAGGCUCUGUCCAAGGAGGGUCAGCAGGUACCAGAGAACGGGGACCCCGGGGAUCCCCCAAAAGCUGAGCCCGAGCUGUACCCCGGGAGCCUCUCCGAAAGGGUCUCUCUCCUCGAGCUGACGCUCAAGAAAUUACAGGAAGACCUGGAGAAGGAGAAGGCCGACAAAGUGGCCCUGCAAGAGGAGGUGCGGAGCCUCCGCAGCAACAACCUCAGGUUGCAGUCCCAGAACGCCGCCGCCCGCCUGCUCUGCACCUCCCAGCAGCUGGGCUCCCCCGCCCCCUGACCCUCGCCCCCUGACCCUCGGCCCAGCACAGACGAGGGACAGGGAAAGUCACCGGACCGGGGCCCGGGGGCGGGCGGGAGCGGUCACCUGGUCCCCUGAGCUACCGAAAUGGCCAGCCCCAAAGCCCCGGGCCCCUGUCUGCCUGGGGGGAAGCAUCAGUGAAACUGUGAAACUUUGACCCCCCCCCCACCCACCAACCGCCUUCUUCCCUUCCUCAUUUCUCACUCCUCCGCCUCCCCCCCAUCCCCAAGCCCCCCAAAAAACAGCCUCAGGAAAAGCCCCUGGAGGGGCUGGGAGUGUCUCCUGUGACAGGACUUCCCACAACUCUGUCUCUUAGGGGUGACAUACCCAUCUCACCUCCCACACCCUGGUUCUCAGGACAACACUGCCUUCCUCAGGACCACAUUGCCUUCCUCAGGAUCUCCCUCCUAGCCCUUCCCCCGGCCUCCCCCUGUUUGUAAAUAUUUUUGUCGAGGGAUAAGAUUCGGGGGAAUAAAAAGUCACCCCA